AUGUUAAACAAGAUGACCUCCUAUCAGCAGCAGCAGAUGAUGCGAGGUCCUAGGUGGAACCGGGCCUUGUCCGACCCUUUGUUUGUUCUGCUCCUGGCCCUCCAGCUGCUGGUGGUGGCAGGACUGGUUCGUGCUCAGACGUGCCCCUCUGUCUGUUCGUGUAGUAACCAGUUCAGCAAAGUCAUCUGCACCCGCAGAGGCCUGCGGGAGGUUCCUGAUGGCAUCUCUACCAACACACGCUACCUGAAUCUGCAAGAAAAUCUCAUUCAGGUCAUAAAGGUGGACAGCUUCAAACACCUAAGACAUCUCGAGAUUCUACAGCUGAGCAAAAACCACAUACGCAAAAUUGAGCUUGGGGCCUUCAAUGGACUGGCCAGCCUAAAUACGUUGGAGUUGUUUGAUAACCGCCUCACCACCAUCCCAAACGGGGCAUUUGAGUACUUGUCCAAACUAAAGGAGCUUUGGCUAAGGAAUAAUCCCAUAGAGAGCAUUCCCUCCUAUGCUUUCAACAGAGUGCCCUCACUGCGGAGGCUGGACCUUGGAGAGCUCAAACGGCUCUCCUAUAUAUCUGAGGGAGCCUUUGAAGGGCUAAGCAAUCUACGCUACUUAAAUCUGGGAAUGUGCAAUCUGAAGGAAAUUCCCAAUCUUAUUCCCCUGGUGAAGUUGGAUGAACUCGAAAUGUCAGGAAACCAGCUAUCUAUCAUCCGGCCUGGUUCAUUUAAAGGGCUCAUACACUUACAAAAGCUGUGGAUGAUGCAUGCCCAGAUCCAGACCAUAGAAAGGAAUGCUUUUGAUGACCUGCAGUCACUUGUGGAACUCAAUCUGGCCCACAAUAACCUUACCCUCUUGCCCCAUGAUCUCUUCACUCCUCUACAUCACCUGGAGAGGGUGCACUUGCACCACAACCCAUGGAAUUGUAACUGUGACAUCCUCUGGCUAAGCUGGUGGCUUAAAGAGAUGGUACCAGCAAACACCAGCUGCUGUGCCCGCUGCAGCUCACCUCCUCAUCAUAAGGGACGAUACAUUGGUGAGCUGGACCAGAAUUACUUUCACUGUUAUGCUCCUGUUAUUGUGGAGCCUCCCACAGACCUAAAUGUGACAGAGGGAAGUGCUGCAGAGUUGAAAUGCAGAGCCAGCUCUUUGACAUCAGUGAGCUGGAUUACACCCAAUGGUUCCAUCAUGACACACGGUGCAUACAAGGUCAGAAUCUCUGUGCUGAAUGAUGGCACACUGAACUUUACCAAUGUUACCAUGCAGGAUACAGGCACAUAUACAUGUAUGGUCAGUAAUUCUGCAGGUAAUACAACAGCAUCUGCCACACUCAAUGUUUCCUCGACAGAGAACAGCAGUUUCAGCUACUUUACCACAGUGACCGUGGAGACAAUAGAAACCCCACAUAAUGAAGGCUUCACCACCACAGUGCAACAGAAGGUCGGCCCCACACCAUCUGCUGGUACAUGGGAGUCUAUCUCACCAACCUCUACAACAACCACUACCGUCCGAACCGCACUCUCCACCCGUGCUACAGAGAAGACUUAUACAAUCCCCGUCACAGAGCUGGGUGGUGAGGGACCACUGAAUGGCUUGGAUGAGGUAAUGAAGACAACCAAGAUCAUCAUUGGCUGCUUUGUUGCAAUCACACUCAUGGCAGCUGUCAUGCUUAUUAUCUUCUAUAAGAUGCGCAAACAACACCACCAGCAGAAUCACCAUGCACCCACACGCACUAUUGAGAUCAUCAAUGUGGAUGAGGACUGUGUAACAGGAGGCCCAGGCAUGGAGGGCCACCUUACCCUGCCUCCUCUUGAGCACGAGCACCUCAACCACUAUAACACCUAUAAGACUGCAUACAACCAUGCCUCCACUAUCAAUUCUAUACACAGCUCAGCGCACGAACCUUUGUUAAUCCGGGCCAGCUCAAAAGACAAUGUACAAGAGACCCAAAUCUAAUACUUUUGUGAGACAUUUUAAAACUGAUGAAAUUACUUACAGGCAUUAUUGACAGAACAUUACUGAUCUUUGGUUGUGAGGACUGCGGCUGACUCUUGGAGUAACAGACUUGUGUUUGGCAAAUCAGCGACUAGCAAUGUUAAUUCAGUGACUUUGGGAAUUAGAGUAUGUCUACUGUUUCAAAAGUGUCUUUACAAAGCAGAAGUUAUUUAUUUAAGAAAAAAAUAUUGUGGUUAAAUCAAGAAAAACUGUAUUCUGCUAUUAUUUUUUCAACACCUAAUUCAUGUUUUUUUUCCUCUCAUGUCACAAAAUUGGUUUACUAAUAUACUUUCAAACUCUUUCAAAGACGUGUCAAGAAAAAAAAAAACAUGAAACAAAUCAUUGUUCCUUUAUUAUUCUUUUUUUUUGAAUAGCUGCCGAUUUUGGAUCAGAUGACAUGGUAACCUCAUUUUCCCCAUGUAUCAAAGAAUCCUAGAGCACAUUAGUGAUUUUCUCCAGCUGUGGAUUAAUUGAUGGAAUCUUUUGUGACCAUCUCUAACUGAGAUUAAUUAAAUACUUGUUCAUCAUUUUAGAGUGAGUGACAGAACUGUAAGUGAUGGAAUCUGAUCAUUAUUCAUUGUUUAAUUAUCUAUCACGUACAUUAGGCACUCUCUGCACUGUCAUCAAUAGACUGAGGACCUGAAAUGAUGGAAAUACAUUCUUUUCUGCUACUGUUAAAGUUGAAGCUCACAACUAGAAGUACAAUUUUGUUAAAUUAAAUACUGUUCAUCUAUGUCUUUGUGUUUCUAAUGUAUAUGUAAAAUUUAAAAUGAUCCCUGAUCUCAAAUUUGUCUUGACAAAUCUUUUCAUUAUUAUAGAAAGCAUAUAAUAAAUUGCAUUAAGAACCAUUGAGAUUCUGAAGGUCAUGCUACAAAAGCAACAUUAAUAAGUACUUUAGAAAGAACAUAAUCAUGACUGGAUUAUGAAAAUAAUGUCUGUGCAGAUGUACAUGACUUAAAUUCUGGCAAAAGUCCACUGCCUCAAAAUGUUUCCAAUGUAUCAUGGCUUCACCUUUACCUUGCAGUGCUGUGUAAUGUUGCAUAUGAAGAUGAUUGCUUUGAAGCCCCCUUUUUCAUGCUGGGACCCCUUACCUCAUCUGCAGUACUGCAGGAGUGCUGUCAGAAGCAGACUGAUGAGCUGAAGAAAGAGCUUAAACCCUUUAUACAGCUGUCUGAGCACAUUGCCUGUCAUCUUCGUGCCAUAUUUCCACAUGGGCAGUGCCUGGCAGUCCCAGAUUCACACCCUGCUCCUGCCAACCACAGAACUUGUCCCUGAGUGGCAAGGCUUAGCUGCAAGAGGCUUAUGGGGUGAAUGUGUGGGAUCGGGCAUCAACCAGAUGUUUGGGUUGCACCUGACUCUCUCCCACUCUGUUAGUGACAACACAAUUUACAUUUUAAUUGAUAUGCCCAUGGGCUUUGGAUAGGCACAGCUCUGCUGCCACCCAUACCCUGGAAAGCAUUUCAAAGUCCCAAAUGUAAUGAAUGGUGCCAAGCACCGUAAAUGCAGUGGUUAGGCAGACAUUUCACAGAUGGCGCUAGUUUAUUUUUAGCAAGUUGACUGUGUUUUUAACUCAACAGAAAGAUAUGCAAAAAGGUUAGGCCACUUAAUUAUUUUUGUUUUGUGUGUUUAUUAUUUAUUUUUAUUGCACUUGCAGUAAUGCA